GGCGGGAGCGGGGCGGAGGCGGGCCCCGGCGGCGGGCCUCGGGCGGCGGUGGCGCAGCAGCGGCGGCAUUGGCGGAGCGCGUGUGCGGGCCCGGGAGCGGCGGCAGCGGCCGGAGCCCGGGGAGGCGGCGGCGGAGCUCGGAGGCGGCCCCGGCGCAGACACAAGAUGCCCAAGGACUUCAUGAGAUAAAGUGCAGCAAGGAGCCCGAGGCCCUCUCAUCUCGUAUUUUCCCCCAAACCAGGAUUUUUCAUUCCCAUGGUGUGCCUGGAUGGAGGAGGAAAAGCUCUGGAGAUUCUGCACGAGGAGGGGCUGCAAACCCAGCCCAGGGAGCUGCGGGGAGCAAAGAGCCCCCCUGAGCCAGGAAGGCGGCCAGAGAUCCAGGCAGAGCUCAGAGCUGGUGGAGAAGCCUCAUGGCAAGGAGAAGCCCCACGAGUGUUUGGAAUGUGGGAAGGGUUUCAGCCGGCGCAUUGACCUGAUCCAGCACCAGGUGAUCCACACUGGGGAACGGCCCUACGAGUGUGGGAAAUGUGGGAAGAGCUUCAGCUACAAGCGCAACCUGAUCCAACACCAGAGGAUCCACACUGGGGAAAAGCCCUUUGAGUGUGGGGAAUGUGGGAAGAGCUUCAGCCAGGGGGGCGGCCUGAUGCAACACCAGAGGAUCCACACCGGGGACCGGCCCUACAAGUGUGGGGAAUGUGGGAUGGGAUUCAAGCAGAAGGGCACGAUGCUGCAACACCAGAGGAUCCACACUGGGGAAAAGCCCUAUGAAUGUGGGGAAUGUGGGAAGAGCUUCAGGUGCAGCUCUGUCCUGAGGCAACAUGAGAGGAUCCACACUGGGGAAAAGCCCUAUGAGUGUGGGGAAUGUGGGAAGAGCUUCAGGCGCAGCUCUGUCCUGAGCAAUCAUGAGAGGAUCCACUCUGGCGAAAAGCCCUACAAGUGUGGGGAGUGUGGGAAGAGCUUCAGAGAAAGCAGGGCCCUGAUUCGGCACCAAGUGAGCCACACGGGGGACCGGCCCUACACCUGCUUGGAAUGUGGGAAGAGCUAUGGGUGGCACUCCGACCUGAGAAAUCACCAGCUCCUCCACACUGGGGAGAAACCCUAUGAGUGUCCCCAGUGUGGGAAGAGGUUUCAUAUCAGCUCCAGUCUCCUCGUACAUGAGCGGAUUCACACAGAGGAGAGGCCCUUCCGCUGCCCCGACUGCGGGAAGGGCUUCAAGCGAAACUCCACCCUCACCAUGCACCGGCGCAUCCACACCGGGGAGAGGCCCUACGAGUGUGGGGAGUGUGGGAAGGGCUUAUCACAGAGCUCUAACUUGACCCAACAUCAACGGAGGUGCCACUAAGGGAAGCCCUGUGAGUGCCCCGAGUGCGGGAAGAGCUUCGUGCGCUGCUCCAGCUCCAUCCCCCAUGGGAGGAUCCGCGUUGGGUGAUCCCCAGUGACUCCCAAUGGGCAGACUCCUGGGAUCUGUGGUCCUGGUGAUGCGUGUUGGGAAGACACCUGGCUUGGAGGCUCCACAUCUUCCUGGUUCCCUGGGGGCACCUAGAUAAACCCAGCAGCAGGAACAUCCAUUGGGACACAGACCAAGAGUGGGAAUUCCUUGGGGAGAGCAGAUUUGUCAACUUGCAACCCCAUAAACUUGCAUUCAAUCCUAUCUUCUGCUGGCAUCAGGGAGUACUGGAUCAUCCUAGAGGUAUGUCUUGGGUUGACUAUAUGAUGCUUGUGUCCCCAGUCGUCUGUACUGUUUAUGCUGAAUAAUAAGUUUUGCACCUUUAGACUUGUCCUGAGAGUGAAGUGGGGAGAGAAGUGCAGAGUUUGUUUACAGAAACUGCACUGACUCCUCUACUUUCCUGCUACUGCGCUGUGCUGCCUGUGGAUGCCGAGACAGCGGGACAGAGCUCUCCUUGGCUUUUAGUUAGUUUUAGCUAGCUGAGGCAAAGCAGUUCCCUGGACUGUGGGGUUUUUCCCUUUUCUUUGGACCUGUUUGAACCUGCUCUGGCCUGAACACCAGAAGAGCGCUGGCAGCUCACACCUGUGGCCACCGGGCUGGGCCUGGGCCGUGGCAUUUCCGGCACCGGAGGGACUGACGAGAGACUGAGUGAGCCAAGCUACAGCCCAUGGAAGGGACUUUGUGAGUUUGUCUCUCUUUUAGGAGUGGCAAGAGGUUUUAUUGUUUAAUAUUGUUUAGGUUUUAUUGUUUAAUAAACAGUUUUUUCUACUUUUA